GUCAGUCUGUUGCAGAACGUGGUCCGGUUCGAACCGAUAACCGAGCGGGGAGAACUCGGGUCCGAUUUUUUUGGGAGUUUUAGUCUGAAUUUUAUGUUCUAUGUUUUAUGUGGUGUGCGCAAGGGGGUGAGGAAAUUUAUGCUGCAACAAGGAAUAAAAAAAUACGGAAAAGGGGGAAAAUUGUGACAAGUGCCAUGAGCGAAUGAUCAAAUCAUUGUGUGACCAGGUGAAAAUCAGAAAAAAUAUCGAAAUACCGUAGCCUAGUGAAAGGAAAUCGAUCUUAUGGCAAAAUAUUUAGCUUAGUGAAAAAUAUGAAUUUUGAUACAAGUGUUUAAAAGGAAAACGAAUCGCGCUACUUAGCAAUACAAAAGGAUAUCUACACCAACAAGGAUUACAAAAUGGAGCUUUGGAGCAAACAAGACUGGAUUAAGGAUAUUCUGUCGAAAACGGGCACCGAGAUCAAACAAGUGCCCGCAGAAGAUUUACGCAAAAUGGUGUACUACACGGGGCUACCCCUGCUGAUGCAGCAGGCAGAGAACAACGCGGCCGCCUCGCAGCUGUGCUUCAACAACUCUGCCCUGUCCGUGCGGGAAGCGACCGGCAAUGCUGAUCAACAGUCCGGCCAACGGCUCCAGCAGCAAUUCCAACAGCAACAGAUCGUCAACCUGACCGGUGGCGCCGAUCAACCUCAGAGUUACGGAAGCUUCCCCUCGGGAAUGGUUCCCCAGGGUUCGCCAACCGGCCAGCAACAGCAGCAGCAAGUGGCCAAGUUCCGCUGCGAGCAGUGCAACAUCAACUUUGGCAGCAAAAGUGCCCACACAAGCCAUAUGAAAUCUCACGCCAAACAGCAACAGCAGCAGCAGCAGCAGCAGGAGGGCAAGAGUGCAAAGACUGGAGGGCAGAUCGUGACGGGGGUUGUUGCAACUCCGGCGACGGCCGCCGAUCCGUACCAGUGCGACGUGUGCAAGAAGACGUUUGCGGUUCCGGCGAGGCUCGUGCGGCACUACCGAACUCACACCGGGGAGCGCCCGUUUGAGUGUGAAUUUUGUCACAAGAUGUUUAGCGUGAAGGAAAAUCUGCAGGUUCACCGGCGGAUACACACCAAGGAGCGACCGUACAAGUGCGACAUUUGUGGGCGUGCGUUUGAGCACUCCGGGAAGUUGCACCGGCACAUGCGGAUUCACACCGGCGAGCGGCCCCACAAGUGCACCGUGUGCGGCAAGACGUUCAUUCAGUCCGGCCAGCUAGUCAUUCAUAUGCGAACGCAUACCGGUGAAAAACCGUACAAAUGCCCCGUCGAGGGCUGCGGCAAGGGGUUCACCUGCUCGAAGCAGCUGAAGGUGCACUCGCGGACGCACACGGGCGAGAAGCCGUACCAUUGUGAUAUCUGCUUCCGGGACUUUGGCUACAACCACGUGCUGAAGCUGCACCGGGUCCAGCACUACGGGUCCAAGUGCUACAAGUGCACGAUCUGCGACGAGACGUUCAAGAGCAAAAAGGAGAUGGAGGCACACAUUAAGGGACACGCCAAUGAGAUUCCGGACGAGGAUGAGGCUGGUGGGGGUGAGGGCGAGGUCGUGGACAGCAAGGCGUCGGUGGUGGCAAGUUCUGCGCCACCGUCGUCUCCGUCAAUGUCUUCGGCGGCGUCCACGAGCAGUCGGGCCAGCUUGGAGUACUCGUCUAGUUCGAGCAAUUUGGCUGCGGAGAGUAUGUGCGCGGAGGAACCGAUGGAGGAGGAACUGCUGAUGAAGCCACAGAUUGAGUUCCGUGAGAGCCGGAGCAGUAGCACUAGCAGCGGAAGCAGCGUGACCAGCCUAAGCAGCAGUAGUGGCGUCAGCUCUCUGGGAAGCUCCCAAUCCAGUGGAAGUGGUGGCAUUCAUUACUACUCGCAGUUUGAGCAGUCCGUGCUGCGGAGCUACGGCGUCCAGUCGGGUGUGAACCCGGCCCUGCUAGCGGCGGCUUCAAUCGCAGCGGCAGCCACCGUAUCCAGCCGGGAAGCAUCUCCGGAACUGCAGGACAACAGGUCGCCUUCACCGCCACCGUUGAGCUUCACGAUCUCGCACCAUCACCAGCAGCAACAGCAACAGCAUCAGCAGCUGAUGAACGGUGAACGGUUAACUCCUCCAAUGUCCCAGCAGCAACAGCAGCAGCCGAUUGAUAUGAUGGUUAAUCAGCACCAGCUCCAGCAGCAACAACCGCCGAUGGCACAUCAGCAGCUGCAGCACUCGCCGGUCAGCUCGAAUGCGUUUGCCUACGAACCAUUGUCGAUUAUGAAGCAUCACGGAUACUUUGCACCUGCUUCGCAGGUUACCGAGUUCAGAUCCUCCAGCGACAUCGUGCGCCAGGUGGAGGCCGCCAUCGCCGGCACGGAAAACCUCCUAACGCCGCCCCGCUCCUCGCCCGAAUCACCCGACCGGUCCUCGUCGCCCGAGUCCGACUCUGCAGUAUUAAUGGCCAACCGGGACAACAACACGUUGCCACCACGCAAACGGCGGCUCUACUUCAAGGACCAGCACCAGCAUCUUCAGGGUGGGGAAGCUCAGGCGACGGAAUCUGCGCCAGUCGCUCCGGCCCCGGCCCGGAUGAGCUCGGUGAUUCAGUUUGCGAAGGCUUCGUAGGAACCAAAUCUUUCGUUUUUAACUUCUGGGCGGCCAUAUUUGAUUUUAUGUAAGGGGUAGGAUUUAGGAGAGAGUUGCGAUGGUUUGAGGGCGGAGUUGAUGCGACCAGACUUAUUAGCGGAUAGUUAAAUUAAAGGUAACGUUUUUAGAAGGUAAUAUUUAUCUACAAACAAAAAGCAGUAGCGGUAAGCAAGUCAGGUUUAAGAAAGAAACUAAACACACAUACAAAAACACAUUGAACACACACUCACACAUUACACUAUUUGCAACAAGACUGUCUCAGGUUAAUCAGUCAUUACAUUUGAUAAGUUUAUCGCUUCUUCGGGGAGGGAGGGCACAACAUGAGGUCACCCCUGCGAAGAAAAAAAUGAAAAUGGGACAAAUGGAACAGGAGAGCGGCUUUGGUCAAAGAAAGAGGAAAAAUAUUAAGACUGUUGAAUUGUCAAAAAAUUCUAGUAAUCGAGAAAUAUUUUAGGUCGAUAGGAUAAUGCGAGAGAGAGAAAGGAUCAGCAAUGAGUCAAGCAGAAAAGCAAAAACAAAACAAAACUAUUUUACGAGAAAUUGUAUCUUUUGGAUAGCGAGCGAUUCAGCGAAAAAAUAUUGAUGGCCAUGUGAAAAAAGACUAGUUUUUAUAGUAGACAAAAUGAGCAAGUUUAGGAAAAGAGCAUCGUGCUGGAUCGUGCGAAGAAAGCGAAAAAUAUAGACUGGAACUCCCCAAAAUUGAAUACUAGCGAUAAGAGAAACCAAACACAAACAAGUAAAAAACGCGUGACUUUUUCGUGCGAAACGCGGGAAAGCAUUUUAUACAUACAUAGCUAAGUAGAUAAGUGUCUUCUUCCCGAAAAAAAAUCCAAAAUAAAAACUUCACAAAAACACACACUCACCAACAUGCGCACUCACACAAUCCUACACUAUUGGUAAGCAUUGACUUUAUAUUCGAAGCAUAAAAUCAUAUAAAAUAUUCGUAACAACUAUUAGCCAAUACACAAACCACAAAAAAAAGAUAAAUAAUUGGACAAACCACUACAUUCACUGCCAAUGAGAAACAAUCGAAAGCGAAAAUUUGCAACAAAACCUCAAAAAUACAACCACUCAAACAACCCAGUGAUGUCAAAAUUCAGGGAAUCGAACCUCUGGCUGCACUGUACAGCCACGCAGCCAACCUCAAUCCAACUUUUUUUUCUCACGCGCAGGCAGAUUUACACGAGAACAAUAGGAGAACAAAAAAAAAACCUCAAUCGGCAGAGUAGGUGCAACAAUAAGCAAAAGCAAACGAUAUAAUGAAAUAUACCUCAAGUUAAAAGUAAACUUUAAUCAACGUUUCGCACUGUAAAUAGGCAUCCCCUUCCAUUUAACGUGUAAUGCCACAGACAAGCAGAUGUAAAUCUUUUGAAGAUUUUUUCUAAAAUUCAUCAAUCACUCCAAACGGGCGCCAUCUAGUGUGCGCGCAAGCAGCAGCUGUCAAAUUCGUUGAAAUGAGCUGUGGUGAUUUCAAAACUACCGUGGUGAAUUUCCGAGCAUACUGGCUGAUGCACGAAGUAAUUGUUUACGUUUUUUCGACUCUCCCGCAAACGUCAACCCAUACAAAUUGCAAAAAAUUGUGCUGAUUUGGCAUUUGCUCAGGGUACUGCAACAAAAAAAAAAACGCUUGUUGAUUAAUGAAUUUUAAACGAGAUUUACUUCUAUUUUUCUGUGGUAAAAUGUCACAGACCAAACAGAUGGGAAGCUUACUUUUUCGCAAUAGAAAAUGCAAGCUUUACAUCUGUUUUUCGUCUGUUACGAAAAUAUCUAGACGAAAGCAAAACAAAACGUCAUGUUUGGUUCUGAUCUCCGCUAUCUAUUCUCUAAGUGUCUUCGGUAAGUGCGUGUAGUUGCGGCGGCGGCCACUGGUGGCGCGCUCGCCGCACACUGCGAUCGAACCAGUUUUAGUUUGUUUAAUUUCUCUCGUACUAUAUGCUUUAAGAUACACUGUAAAACUAAAAUAAUAACGUUAAGAGAAAAACCACUAAAUAAAACAUACAGAACAAUGCAUUUAAUACUAUUUUUGAAAUAGUUUCCCUUUAGUAGUAGAAAGAAAUCUAAUCGUUUGAAGCAAACUUUGCAGUAAAAUUUGUUGUAAUCUACAAGAAAUACCCAACUAGACAAAUGCAUCCAGUAUCUUUUGUUUUCAACUGUUUUCUUCAGUUUUGAAGGUGUUGCAGACCAAGUCCACAGCAAGCAAAUCGUGUGUAGUAGCAAAAAAAGUUGAAUGAAUAUUAAAAUAGCAGAAAAUUUGUUUCUCCGUGCCACGUGGUGAUCCAAACCACGUGGCUUUUGUUGAUGUGUUGUUUUUUCCGUUCCACUCCCCCUUCCACAAAAAAGAGAGAAGGGAAACCACUAUUAUCCACUUGUGUAGGUCAAGAAAGUUGUACAUGAACAGCAGUUUUCCGUUGGAGCAUUCGUACUAUAUAUAUUCAUCUGAAUUUAAUCAUAUUGCUAAUUAUAAUAAUUAAAACAAUCUAUAUUGAAAAAUCAUCAAAGGCAUCCUUAAAAAAAACAAAUCGAAAGGCAAUAUUUGACGGCACUUUUACUGUGUAAAAAGGUUCUGAGAAUCGCCCAUUCAAAAGAAGAGCCCAGUUAUUUGGUGUAAAGAUAUUCAUCGUAGCGAGUAAUGAUCGUUUUUUAAAAAGUCGCCACAUCAGUGCUAACACUAAACAUUUGCAAUAUCCUGUAGCAAGCGUAAGAAUGCG